AAUAUCAUAUUUUUUAGUUUGCGUCGUCCAGCUGAUAAUCUUUUAUAAUUUGGAAGUGAACAGCCAACACAACUAGCCCAAUGAACGUGUCAGGAAUUCGAAGAAAUAUAAAGAACAUUGCUCACAAUUACACUGAUGCACAGGUCAAGGUGCGAGAAGCAACCAGCAACGAUCCAUGGGGCCCACCAAGCUCACUGAUGUCCGAGAUCUCGGACCUGACCUACAAUGUCGUGGCCUUCUCCGAGAUCAUGCAGAUGAUCUGGAAAAGAUUGAAUGACCAUGGGAAAAAUUACCGUCACGUCUACAAAGCCCUGGUGCUUUUAGAUUAUUUAGUCAAAACUGGCAACGAAAAAGUGGCGCAGCAGUGCAAAGAAAACAUCUUUGCAAUUCACACGCUUAGGGAUUUUCAAUACUAUGAGGACGGUAAAGACCAGGGCAUUCAUGUACGGGAAAAGUCCAAGGCCCUAGAAGCCUUACUAAAAGAUGACGAACGGUUAAAGAAUGAACGAAUUAAAGCCCUGAAAGCUCGCGAACGUUUCGCUCAGCAGACUACCGGAUUCGGCACUGGGUCCGAUUCAAAUGAGCUGAUGUCGCCCUCGAGUCCUACGCGUUGGGAUUUUAUGGGAUCACCUUCUGAAAGCUUCGGAUCGGAUCCAACCGGUUUGGCUACAAGGGCCCGAGCGGCUGUCGCACCAACGGAUUUGGAUUUGGCCCGCCCCCAGACGGCUGGCGAAGAAGAACUACAAUUGCAAUUGGCAUUAGCCAUGUCACGUGAAGAAGCUGAAAAAGAAGAUGAGAAGCGGCGCUCUGACGAUGUCCGGUUGGCUUUGGCCAUCUCGCAGAGCCAAGAAGCUGGUGUUGGGAGCCGUCCAUUGCAGCCAGGAGCGCAGCAACAACAACAGCAAAGUCACCUGCUUGAUUUGUUGGACGUCAGUGUCAACGAUGCUGCGGUCGGAUGGGUCGAUCCCUGGGGUACUCCAGCCCACCCAUCCGAACCACCGGUCCCUGUCAUGCCUCCUAGGCCCAAGAGUUUGGAUCUUCACGACUACUGGCAUGCUAAUUCAAUGGUGAAAUCGGAUUUCCUGACAGCGCCAACAGGAGGGGCGGCAACUGUCGGGACGACAGGAACGACGGAUGCCUGGGGCAUGCCCGUGGCAGCUGCUUCUCCGUCCCAGCAGGUUGAUGCAUGGGGUAGUCCAGUUGCGCAGGCUGCCAAGCCAACAGCGCCAGCAAUAGCCACUAGCGCUAAUUUGGGCCAGAUGGUGAACGAUCCGUGGGCACCAACGCCAUCGAAACCAGCAGGAGAAGAUCCGUGGAGCCCGCAACCACCCGUCCGUACGGCCGCUUCGGCCAACGACCCAUGGUCACCGGCCGCUGGUGCGACAGCGUUAGACGUCGACGACUUCGACCUGUUGACUAACCGGGCCCAAGCGGCGUCGCCGAUGGGCCGCUCCAACGGAUCCAGGUCACCCUUCGAUUUGACCGGGAUGGAUAGCGCUCUGACGGCCCAAUAUUCCGACAAUUCGUCGGGCGGAGCUAAACCCAAAAAAUCGCCUGAAAGCUUCCUCGGUCCUAAUUCCAAUUUAGUAAACCUGGAAAACUUGGUAAAGUCUUAUCACGUGCCGACCAAGCCCGUCGUGGCUCCUGCCGCUAACCCAUUCGCUCUAGGAGUAGCCGGCCAACCGAAUCCGUUCCAACAACAACCCGCCCCUCGACCGAGCAUCAACGAAUUACGUCACCAACAAAACUUUGGCGUUUUGGGCGGUCCACAACAACAACAACUUGUGACAUCAAGUCCACCACAACAACUUCAGCAAUUACAGCCUAUGACGGGCGUUCUUCAACCAGCUCCCGCCGGAGUUUGGGGUCCUACACCACCCAUGAUGCAGUCUGGUUCGGGCGUAACGUCGCCCACCUUCAACCCAUUCCUUGCCUGAAAACAACAAUAUCUAUAUAAUAAAACAUCACCAAGAUAAUAAUUAACAGAACAACAUCUUUAAGAGGAUUUAAAUGAGAAAAAAAAAGAGAGAAACAAUGAUACGGCAGGAAUUCAAGAAAUUUUGCUUUGAUCAUACACACCAAAUAGGCAAAAAAAAAAAAAACAUUAAGAGAAAAAAAAAACAACUUAAAAUUUAAUCUUUAUUUCUAUUUCAUUUCGAUUUAAAUUUUUUUUUUUCUAUUUUUAAUUUUUUUUUUUUGCAUUUGGUUCAUUUGUUUUUCUUCGAAUCCAAUAUUGAAUUAAAAGAGAGAAAACCCGUCGUCCCUCUCAAGCAUCCUAUAAUGAUAAAUUUUUUCCCCACAUCCCCUCCACUUUAGUUUAUUUCGAUUUUUUUUCUUUAUUAUUUACACACCUUGUUUGUUCUUUUUUUUUUUUUUUUUGGUCCCAUCAUUGUCUUCACAAUGGAUUCAACAGCGAAUAUUAUAUGUUAACCGCUGUUCUUGUUUGUCGUUGAUUUCUUUUUUUUUUUUCUCCCUUUUUUUCUUUUCCUUUUUUUGGGUUUGAAGAGCUAAUCUUUUUAAUUUAUACGUGUACAAGCCGUGUGGCAAAGGUAAAAAACAAAAACACCCUGUCCCUGAAACCCCACCUACCAAAGUAGCUAUUUUGCCACCCGUCUUCUUCAUUUCUAUCUCUACAUAGUGUCUUUCCUCGUAUAUAUUUACGUCCGUCUUCUCUUUCUCUUCUUUUCUUUACAUAUUUAAAGAAAAAGGAAAAAAAAAAAAAAAACGUACCAUUUUGACUACUGUACGUGUUGGCAGUUAUCACAAGUAUUAAUCCGUAUCUUUGUGACUGCAAUUUAUUGAGUGCCUCGGAUACAAAGUAUGAAAAUGAUAAAAAAAAAAAAUCCAGAUUAAGGGAAGAGAAGGAAAAAGAUAAUCUGUACACGGUCUGCUCGUUCGGUUAACACAGUCCAUGCCUUAUGACACGGGAAAAAAAAAAAAAUUAUAAGAAAAAACUUGGCCCCCCCCUUUUUUUUUUUUUUUUAUUUUACAGUCGUUAAAUUUUUAAUUUUUCUUUUGUGUUAUUCACAACCUUGUAAUGAAUGAAUUAUUUAACCCCAUUUUUUUCUUUCUUGUUUAGAAUAGGAAAUAACACUAAAAACUAAUGAGGGACUAGAUUUAAAACAAAAAUGAGAAUGGGAAAAAAAUGCAUUUUCUUGAUUUGUAUUGUUGCCGUUUUUCUGUUUCAUAUUUUUGGCGGAUACGGAACUUUUUUUUUUUUAUUGGGUUUGCAAAAAAAAAAAAAAAGUUAAGUAGAAUAACACGCGAAGCACGACACAGAUCGUGAUCUCCAAUCCCGAGACAUUUUCUUUUUAUGCAAAUGUUUUUUGUUUUUUUCUUUUUGUCGGGAAGGGGGUUCAUCAAUUAGUUUGUGGAAACUUAUGAUCGUAUAAAAAAAAGUUAAUGUGUACAUAUACACUUUUAUCUUUUCCCUUUUAUUUUACACUUUUAUGAUACCUUAUCUAUCUGCUGCGAACCCACACGUGAAAAGAUCUUGUUUCCUUUCAUCCCGCCGGUUAAAACCUCCCACCACCCUUGCAUCAUAAAUAUAAUAAACCGUUCGUUUUCUCCGUG